AUGAGCGCCUGGCGACCAACCUGUGCCAGGCCUGGAGCUCCAACUACGACGGCUACUACGAGCACCUCAUCUCGCUGGGAUGGUGGAAACUCGGCUUGGGCAUGGAGUGCCGCUGUGCGAGAAGAGGACGGCUGGGCUGAUGGGUGUGAGUUAGAUGGAGCUGGGGCUGGCGAUGGGAGCCAACGUGACCCUUGGUGGGAACAGCAUGUUGCUGACCCGUGGUCGGCGAAUGGGACUAGUGAUGGUAGCGGGGAGAUGAACAAGAAGUAUGGCCAGUUCAACUAUGAUGGAUGGUUGGAUGAUGAACAAAUGAGGAUGUUUAAUGUGGCGCAGGUGGAAAAGACCACUGCGGCUUCUCAUGGAAGGUGGCAAGGUGAUCAGGUGGCUCAUGGCGUAGGAAGUUGGAAUGAAAGUUGGUCGAACUAUGAUGCAGAAAAAGACAGAGGGAAACCAACUGAGAAGCUGGUUGUGCCAGAGUUUGAUGGAGAAGGAGGAAGUGACCAUGAUCUUGGCAGAUCGGCGAGGUCGUACCUGAGAAAAAUCCAGGUUUGGCUGAGAUGCACGAAGUUGCCAGCGCACCAACGUGCGCUGGCCCUUUACAAUGGCCUCAGCGGUAAAGCAUGGAUAUACGCUGAGGAGCUUGAUGUGGACAAGCUUGUCGAAGUUUCAAAGGUGGCACAAAUCAUGACUGACCUCUUCAAGCGAGGGAGACGGCGCAGUGACCAGACGGUCAGAGACUUCAAUGUGGAGUUUGAGAGAAUGGUGCUGCGUUUGACAGAGAUACAAUGCCAUGUCCCUCCACUCAUCAAGGCAUGGUUGUACCUGGACAAGCUGCGACUUAAUGAGCAGGAGGAACUGGCGCUCUUGUCAAGCGUCAACAACGAGUAUGACUGCAAGAAGCUGCAACACGCGGCUUUGGUGCAAGAUCGGGCCAUUCGACGGCCGGGAGCUUGGGGAGGUGAAGAUGCAAAAGGAGUUGGCAAGCGCUGGACGAGGCAGAGUGUUCACAUGACUACCAAUGAAGGUGGUGAGCUGUCCAGCGAGGAUGAGAAAGGAGAUGGCGACUCGGAUGAUGGCGAGAUUGUCGAUGAAGACACUGCUGUGGAGCACUACACAGCCUACAUGACGUACCAGGGGGCCAAGGCAAAAUACAAGGAAGUCUUGAAGGGCCGAGGUGUCGACCAACAUGCGGUGGACAAGAGGAACCAAGAACGUUUGAGGCUGGCGAAACAGAGGAGCUACUGCAGUGCCUGCAAACGCAGGGGGCACUGGCAUAAGGACCCUGAGUGCCCAUUGAGACAGAGGCCUUCCACGGGUACCACCAGUGCCGCGGGAGCUGAGACUGUGCAGUCGGUAAACUUUGUGCACCAGUGCUUUGUGACGGACUCCGGUGUUCAGGCCUUGGACGAGCCCUACAUGACUGACUAUGAAUUGGUGGUAUCUCCUUGCCUAUGCCUUCGGCAAUUGCCUUCUGCAAUGACUGAGUAUGACAUGGGCGCAUCCCCUGGUCUUUGUCUUUGGCAAUUGCUCCUGGCAAUCCCUUAG